AUGUUCUUUGUUAGUUCGUUUGUUUUUUCUUUCUUUUCCGUUUUAUUCCCUUUCUUUCCUUCAGAGAAUUACAAAACUCUUUUACUGAACUUCUCUCUCUCUCUCUCUCUCUCUCUCUCUCUCUCUCUACCACUUCCCUCGUCUUUUCUGAUUUCUCACCCUCUCUUUUUUUCGCUUUUCCUUCCUUUUCUAUCAUCCCUACCUUUCUCUCUCUUUCAUUGUAUCUCUUCGACUUUGCUCUCUCUUUUUGCUUUAUUUUCUUCUUCCAUUUUGUGUAUCUUUCUUUUCCCUUUAUUUCCUAAUUUCUCCCGGUUAACUUUCUUCAUCUCCUUUCUUUACCAUUCUCCCUUUUUUUCCUCAUUCCUUUUUUAUUUUAAAUUCAAAAAACCCAUUUCUCUGUUCUUUUUCCUAUCUUCCGGGUACUUUCUUGUUCUCUUUAUCUUCUCUUCUCUUUUUUUUUUAUACUCUCUCUCUCUCUCUCCCUCUCUCUCUCCCUAUCUCCUGUUUUCUCUCAAUCCGUUACUCUUCGACCCUGAUCCCAACACUGAACCCAUUUCUUUCUCAAUAUGUCUUAAUCAAUCACCGUGCUGUGUUCGUGUGUACGUGAGGCUGGCCUUGACAGCGCCAAGGACUCUACAUGCGUUCAUUUCGAGGUCUACUGUUGCCUCUUUCUUCUCUGAUGCUGACGCCUUCAACAUUUCAUAG